CACCCAAACCAACCUCGAGCCCCGCCUAGUUCCAUCCUUUUUUUGUUGUUUGUACUUUUCCAAAUGAAAUGGGCCAAUGCUUUGGACUAGGAGGAAGCAACAGAGGAGGGGGAGGCCAGGGAAGCAAGUCCUUUGACUACACACCUAGAAAAUCAUGGAAAUACAGAGAUGAUCACGUGAUGAAUCAGUUCAAGGCUCUGUCGAUGGAGAGUGAGGAUGAUGAUCCUUUCCCUUCAAGAGCCGAUGCCGUUUCCUCUGAAAGCGAAGAGGAAGUUUACACGAAACAGCCGAGAGGAACGAAAAAAACUAAUCAGCUAGCAUUUUCAGAGGAAGAUGAAGAUGAUGAUGAUGAUGAUGAUGAUGAUCGACAUCCUUCACAAAAGUCAAUAUUAGUAAACAGAGGGUUUCAGUUACUGCAAGCUGAUUCUCCCUCUCUUUCGCCUCAUUCCCCAUCAAACUCUGACACAACAAAGUUAAUUACGACCAACUUCGAUGAAGUGACCUGAACAAGAGAAAGAGAGAGGAAGAAUUGACUUUUGAUAUAAAUUAUGUUGAUGUUUUUUGUAACUUUUAAAGUGAUGUAAUUGAAUUGUGGCCACUUUGCCAAUCAUGUGGUUAAAGCAUGUGCCAGAAAGCA